AGUUUCAAUCAAGCAGAAAUUUUACUGUAAGGGAACUUUGAGUUUUAGAUCACAGAAGCAGUGCACUGACCUGAAUAUCUAUUUUGCUUUUUAUUCCCUAUGACCUCUGGCCAGGAGAACACUGCUCAAAGGAACUUUAGAAUGAAGAUCCUCCUUUUGAUUACUGGAAUCCUCCUUGCAGUCCAAGGCUGCCCACCGAUUAUAAAGCGUUCUGGCUGGUCAACACGGGCUUCUAGUUGCACCCAUAAUCUGUCGAAUUCUCUUAAAUAUGCUGUGAUUCACCAUACUGAUGGCAAUCGCUGCUUCAGCAUGUCGGCGUGUAAGAGGCAACUGCAGAAUAUCCAAUCUUACCAUAUGGAUGAACGUGGCUGGUGCGAUAUUGGCUACAAUUUCCUCAUUGGAGAAGAUGGAAAUAUUUAUGAAGGUCGAGGAUGGACCAAAAUGGGAGCCCAAACCCGUGGAUACAACCAAAUCAGCCUUGGCAUAAGCAUUAUGGGAAACUUUACAAGUGUUGCACCAAACAGCAAAGCACUGAAUGCUGCCCAGAGUCUGAUUCAAUGUUCUGCUUUGAGAGGCUACCUGUCAUCCAAAUACACGUUGAAGGGCCACAGGCAACUGAGAUCAACUGAUUGUCCUGGAAAUGCACUCUUCAAAGUCAUACAGACAUGGCCUAGGUGGGCCUAAUAAAUGCUGUUCACGCUUUGAUUGCUGCUUCUUCAAAUCUGCCAAGCUGAUCAUUGUGGUACUUCAGGAAUAUAUAUGCUUGGAAUAAAGAAACCUGGAAAAAUGCAAGGUUUCUGUGUUUGUAUAACAGAUUCUGCUCAUAUUAAAAUCAAUGAUAUGCCAAGCAUCCUUUUAAA